AUGGUUCAGGGACAUCCUUACUCAUCGAAUGCAGGGAUUAUUUCUAUUUCGCCUUUGGCAAAGUCGAAAAACUCUACUCUCGAUGAAGGAACCUUGUUUUUAUUAUCAGUUAACUGGAAGCUUUUCAUAAUUAUUAGCUUUCUUGUGGUGCUCGUGGUUCUUACCAUACUUGGUAAUUUACUGGUGAUCGUGGCAGUUGUCGGUGAAGCGCACUUGCGCGCCAAUUUGACCAACUCAUUUAUCGUCUCUUUAGCAGCAGCUGACCUGCUCAUGGGCAGCAUCGUGAUGCCUUUUGCAGUGUUCGAACAGAUUACAUUCUUACAAUCAAAAAGCCAAAUACUCACUGAAAGCUCAUCAGUCAGCUGGCCCUUUGGCCAGCUUUGGUGCGACUUUUGGCACGCUUUCGACGUUUUGAGCUCAACAGCGUCCAUACUAAACCUUUGUGCCAUCUCUCUGGAUCGUUAUUGGGCCACUUCGAACCCUUUUCUGUAUCCCCUCCGAAUGACACCGCGUCUGUCUGGUCUAAUGAUUGCGGCCGUGUGGUGUUGCUCUGCUGUGAUUUCUUUCCCAGCAAUCGCUUGGUGGCGAGCUGCUGGCCGGUUCAACAAUGCUACCUCCUCAACAGAUCCUACUCGUGAUGAGUGCCUCUUUCCUACAGAUCAACUAUACCUAUUUUUAUCAUCUUGUAUUUCCUUUUACCUACCACUGAUGGUCAUGAUCUUCGUCUACUGGCGUAUCUAUCAGGUGGCCAGCAGCCUGGUUAGAAGUCUAAGUCAAGGUCAAAAAGUGAUUGGUCGCAAGACGGAAGGUGGCAAAGUGAUGGUUCUUGGAGUGCAUCGCGGCGGCGGUACUCACUCAGAAGCCUGUGCAUCAACUACGUGGGAUGCUCCUACCGACCCACGCCCUGCCUUACGAUCUUCUAUGCGUUUACGAAAAGUUGAUCGGCCUUGCGACCAACCUCCAGAAUGUUCGCCGCCAUGGGGAAGGUCGGGCGGCAAAUUAAAUGUGCGUUUUUCUUCUAAUACCAGCGCUGAGAGGAAGCAAGGAUGUUCAACUGACAGAGUGAACAGUUUAAAGCGCCUCAUUCAAAUGACUAAAAGGCCAACUGGUAUCCAAAUGCAAAUAUGCUGCAAAGACACGCUGGGAUGUUGUCUGAAACGAGAUCGGCACCACUUCGAAUGUAACAACAUUUCUGAGUAUUCGCAUUCAAAAGACAGGACAAAAGAGCCUCAGAGCCUCACCAAGAACGUGCCAACUAAUGAAAAUAGUGGACCAUCCAUUCGUCUAUUCACGUGGUCGCGCUUUGGCAGACGCUUUGGCAAGUUCGUUCAUGAGCAGAAAGCAGCAAAGACGCUUGGCAUUGUGAUGGGCAUAUUCAUCAUCUGUUGGCUACCGUUUUUCAUCUGCAACACGGCAAAAGCUGUCAGUCCAGAAGUCCUCGGUAUCCAUGAUGCAUAUAUCAUGUCAAUUGUCACAUGGCUAGGCUAUAUGAAUUCAGGAGUCAAUCCAUUAAUAUAUGCUCAUUCGAUGCGCGAAUUCCGGCGGGCAUUUAUCCGCGUCCUCUGCUUUGGUCGUCGUCAUGGUUUUUCCAAAGGUUCUACUAGAAAAAAUAUGUUUCUGCAGCUGGUAAACUCUUCGAUCCAUUCAGACUAUUCAGUCAACUGUCGCAGGCGACACACCAAGAAGCUGCAGAAAAGGAGUCCUGAAAACAGUGAUGAGACAUGCAAAGCUUUGCCGAUUACUCCAAAAGAGCACCAUAUGUGCUCAAAACCUUAUCUCUCAGACAAAUUGGAAUGCAUCUACCCCAUAUCAGGUAGUAAAUCAGCCGAAUCUGAUUGCUCAUAUUCUACAAGUUCUAUUCCUUCCUGCCAAUAUGUACAAAAGAUAAAACGGCAAACUAAAAUGAAAAUUCCGCGUAUCCUAAAGCCUUUUAGAGAUAAGAAGAGCAUUUUUCUCUGGUCAAAAUAUACAGAAAACAAGCAUUGUAUGAAUGAGUGGUUUUAUGAGACGAGAUCGUCACCUGUGGCUUGCAUUUCAGCUAGAAAAUGGUCUCUAGUCAACUCUCAAGAACUAUCUGCAAAUAAGUUUGGCGAUAAAGUCCUGAAUGACAUUAAUGAUUAUACCGAGCCAACUGGACUCGAAAACCAUAAAUCUGAAACAAAAUACGAAAGAUGCAAUAAUACCUCAAUUAAAUUAGAAACACUGAAUAGAGAUGGCCACAACAAACUUAUUAAGAAAACAGACGAAACUUUAUCAACUAGUUCAUUUGGACAAAAAUAUUCACCGUGUACAGAUUUAAAUGAAAUAAGUGAUACUUUUGAGCAGGCGGAGAAAUUUCUCUCUUUCACCAAUGAUACUACAUUAUAUACAAAAAUUCCAGCCUUCUUAGCAAAACCAACUGAAUUCUAUUUUCGUUCUCCUUUGAAGUCGUCAAUUCAUGAGGCAAAUAUCAUAUCGCCAAAAGUCGAAUUUUAG